GUGUAGGUUAGAUACAUGUUGAUACGUCAGGGGUCAAGUAGACUUUUUCCAAUUCCAGAAGUAGCCACUCGUCGGACCAUACACCAAGCUUGUUUCUUCGGCCAUCGCGAUUGGCGUUGGCGAGUCUGCCGGCGACGGUUUCGCGGAAUUCGUGACCCUCGCCGUGGCCCGCUGCGCCCCCUUCCGCUGUCCGCGAGCUAUUGGCCAGACCCCCGGAAAACGGCAGGAAGGGCUGAAAGCUUUGAUUUAAAGGUUACACGCGGACUCUGAUGGCGGCGACCACGGCCGCAGCCGUGCGCCGGCUCUGCGCCGCCGGCGAGGUGCGGUCGGCCCUGGCGGUGCUCGCCCGCGGGGAGAAGUCAGGCGUCGUGGCAUUGGACGUGGCCGCGUGCACCGCGCUCGUCCACCACUUCUGCCGGAGCGGCGACGUGGUGGAGGCCCGGAGGGUGUUCGACGUAAUGCCACGCCUGGGCGUGGCCCCUAACGAGGUCACGUACACCGCCCUGAUCCACGCCUACUUCGUUCACGGGCACAGGGAAUUGGGUUUCGCCUUGUUUGAGGAGAUGAGGAGAGGCGGAGUCGAGCCCAACCUCUACACCUACAACUGCUUGAUGGGGGAGUGGUGCAGGACUGGGGAGUUCGAGCGCGCCCGUCUCCUGUUCGAUGAAAUGCUUGUCAAGGGCGUGGCGCGCAAUGCUGUCAGUUACAACACCCUCAUUGCGGGGUUGUGCAGGCACGGCAAGCUGAAGGAUGCCGUCCAACUACUGGAAGCGAUGAGAAGGGAGGGUAUCCGUCCAAGCAUGGUGACGUUCAACCUUCUUGUCGAUGGCUAUGGAAAAGCUGGGAAGAUCUCCAAUGCUUUGCAUUUCUUCAACCAGAUGAAGGCAGCUGGGUUCCUACCUAGUGCAGUGACAUACAAUGCGCUCAUUGCUGGGUUCUGUCGUGUUAGAGAUAUGGCCCGGGCGAUCAGAGCUUUCUCGGACAUGAAGGAGCGUGGUUUAGCGCCUACAAAAGUGACGUACACCAUACUCAUUGAUGCAUUUGCUAAGGAAAAUGAAAUGAUGAGGGCAUUCGAGAUGCUUUCAGAGAUGGAGAGGACUGGUUUGGAGGUGGAUGUGCAGAGUUAUGGUGUUAUCUUGCAUGCACUGUGCAUGGAAGGGAAGAUGAUGGAAGCCAGGAAGCUGUUUCAGUCAAUGGACUUGAAAGGUGUCAAGCCAAACAAUGUGAUAUAUGACAUGAUGAUCUAUGGCUAUGGGCGUGAAGGAAGCUCAUAUAAGGCUCUGAGGCUGAUCAUGGAAAUGAGGAGGAUUGGCUUGGUUCCAAACGUUGCUAGCUAUUGCCUGACGAUCCGUCUUCUCUGCAAUGAAGGGAAGUGCCUGGAGGCGGAGGCUUUGAUUGAUGACAUGGCGAGUGCUGGUCUGCAAACAAGUGAAUCCAUCCACAGAGCAUUAUUGGAUGCUAAGGCAAGAUUGGACGAUUCCAUAGAUGCCCCUUUUACUUAAAGUAGUUAGGCACGUUGUUUCUGUUAUCUGCCAGGUCAUAUGUUACUAUAGUUUUUGAGUGGGAAAGAUGAUACCCAAAAGAGCACCCCCCUACAUAGGGAAGGUGUACUGAAAUCUUUCUUGUAGCGACAUUUUGGUCCUUUACUGAACAUCUCCUUCACGACGGGCGAGAAUGGUUGGCUCCAUUUGUACAGCCGUGAAAGAUGAAGAUCCACGUGCUGAGACAUUUUCCUUCAAGACAAAGAGGUCAAGCAUGGUCCACGGAUUCGCUGGAUGAGUUCAUGCAGUCAAUGACUGCCAACCAUCUUUCAGUUGGUCCACGGAUUUGCUGGAUGAGUACAUGCUAUUGUCGCCAACUAUCUUUCAGGUCUAUCGAAACAACAACAACAACAACAAAAAAGAGCAGCGGGCAUGUCUAGCACAAGAUUAUUCAUUUGCGUACCGUUCUUAAAACCAUUCGUGUUACUUGAAGCAAAUGUAGUACUAAGUUUGUCUUUAGUCUGUGACAAAGGUAAACGCAUAUCCGAUCAUCAUUUGUUCUUCAGGUUUGCAGUUGCUGAAUCUGAAUGCUCUGGUGCUUCCUUUGGCUUCAGAAACGAGAGACGACUCCACCACGUGUCCACAUCUGAUCGAUGGCUACAGGAUCAUGUAACAGUUCAUUCAUUCGUGUAAAAUUUGUUAGUACUAGUAGAUUCUUCAUCACAGUUUAAUAGUUUAUUAUCAUGUCAUGUUGAUGGUUAUGUAAAGUUUAGAUCUUGACGAGACCGGUUGUAUUCUGUAGAAGCUACAGUUGUUUAGUUA